AUGGAGAGCACAACCUCGACGGUUAAGAGACCACACACUCACAAACGUUACAGCAGCGAGGAUUUACGGCUGCUGAAGAAGGCACACUCAUCGUCCACGUCAAUCAACAAGAUUGUAGAGGGGAACUUCCUCGAGGAGGAUCUGUUGACCUCGAUUGAUGGGUUCAUUGCAUCCAUAGAGAGAAAGCUUGACCGUGUGGAGGGAUUCUUCGGCUCGUCGUCGUCUUCAAAUUCUUCCUCUUCAUCUGAGAAGAAGUACACCGAUGAUGAUUCGAUCGCUACACUUCAGAAUCUAUACGAUACCCUGAUAACGAUUAAGAACUCCGUAUUCGAUUCAGCCUUUAACACGGAGAACUUCAACGCCAUAUUAGACGAGCAUUAUGGGGGACUUCUCUCCUCCAUCGAAUCAUCUGAGAACUUGGGGUUCCACGAAAAGCUGCUGACAGCCUUGAACUUCCUUGAUGCAAAGAUCAACCAGUUCAACAAUCUAGUGGAGAUUCCACGACAACCGUCUGAUGCCGAAAACGAAUACGCCAUUAGAAAUUUUGAAAUCAAAUUUCACAACUACGAGCAUGCCAUGUUUCAUGGCUCUCAGAGACUACUGCACUAUUACGAGUUGCCAUUUCCAUGGAGAGAAAACCCAUAUAUCAUCCAUGGUUACAGAUUCCACAACAACCACAUCCAUUCUUUACGCAGCAUAUGCUCUUGUCACAACGAAACCGGGAACAUUUGGUCCCACUUGAUAGGAGCGUUUAUAUUCCUAUACAUUGCAUUCUACUCAUUCCCAAGAAGUGCUGUGUAUCAGAGCAAUACCUUCAAGGAUAACUGUGUCAUCUACUUCUUUUUUGCUGCAUCUUUGAAAUGCCUGUUGUCUUCAUCCUUCUGGCAUGCAUUCAGUGGUACAUCAAACUUGUACUUGAGAAAGAAGUUUGCAUGCAUCGACUACACAGGAAUCACAGUAUUAAUCACAGCAUCUGUGAUUACUUCUGAGUAUGCAGCACUUUACUACUAUCCGUGGAUUCAAACAGGGUUCAUUUCAUUCUCGCUAUUCUGCGGCCUUUGUGGGUUCUUCUUCAAUUGGUCUCGUUAUUUCGACCGUCCAGAGAGUAAACCUUUCAGAAUUGCAUUCUACAUAUGUUUGGCUGGACUGGGAGUCUCUGCAUUUGUGUUUUUGGGAUUCCAGAAGGGUUUCUUGCACGCUUUGAAGUUCUAUUCUCCAAUAAGUAGAAGUUGUAUAUGGUAUCUCACUGGUGUGGUAUUUUACGCAUCCUUAGUUCCUGAGAGGUUUAGAACGGAUGUCAUCAUUGAUGUUGAACAACCAGAGGAAGCUGAGUUGCUGAAACCGCAUGUCACUGAAAAUGUUCACCGUUAUUUCAAAGAUGAACCAACAUAUUCAGAUAAGCGUCAUUCCAUUUGGUCCAUGUGGUGGGUUGACUAUCUUUUCCAAUCGCAUAACAUCUGGCAUAUCUUUGUGCUCCUUGGUGUUUUGGGGCACUGGAAUGCUACUUACGAAAUGUUUUCGAAUAUCUCCUACAACAAGUAA